GGUUCCGGCUGUGGGCCGCAGAAGACAUGGCGGCGUCUGCGUCGGCUGCUGCAGGGGAGGAGGACUGGGUCCUUCCCUCUGAAGUCGAGGUAUUAGAGUCUAUCUACCUGGAUGAACUACAGGUGGUUAAAGGAAAUGGCAGAUCUUCAUCAUGGGAGAUCUACAUCACUCUGCACCCUGCCACUGCAGAAGACCAGGACUCACAGUAUGUCUGCUUCACUCUGGUGCUUCAGGUCCCAGCACAGUACCCCCACGAGGUGCCACAGAUCUCUAUCCGUAACCCCCGAGGACUCUCAGAUGAACAAAUCCACAAGAUCUCACAGGCGCUGAGCCACGUGGCCAAGGCUGGGCUGGGUACUGCCAUGCUCUAUGAACUCAUUGAGAAAGGGAAGGAAAUUCUCACGGAUAACAACAUCCCCCAUGGCCAGUGCGUCAUCUGCCUCUAUGGUUUCCAGGAGAAGGAGGCCUUUACCAAAACACCCUGUUACCACUACUUCCACUGCCACUGCCUCGCGCGGUACAUCCAGCACAUGGAGCACGAGCUGCAGGCUCAAGAACAGGAGCAGCAAUGGCAGCGUGCCGCCACCAAGCAGAAGGCAGUGGGUGUGCAGUGUCCAGUAUGCAGAGAGCCCCUCGUGUACGAUCUUGCCUCACUGAAAGCUGCCCCUGAACCCCAACAGCCCGUGGAGCUGUACCAGCCCAACGCAGAGAGCUUGCGCCAGCAAGAAGAGCGCAAGCGGCUCUACCAGAGGCAGCAGGAGAGAGGGGGGAUCAUUGAUCUUGAGGCUGAGCGUAACCGGUACUUCAUCAGCCUGCAGCAGCCUCCUGCCCCUUUGGAACCCGAGUCAGCUGCAGAUGCCUCUGGAGGAUCCCAUCCACCCGGUGCCCUCGCCACAGAACUGUCCACCUCAUCAACUGCCCAGCCCACCCUGUCAGCUCCUCUGCCUGUGGCCUCCCAGUACAUGUGCGAGAAGAUUCCAGGGGCUCGGCCAAAUCAGCAGAGGUUGGGCGAGACCCAGAAAGCUAUGCUAGAUCCGCCCCGGGCCAGUCGAGGCCCCUGGAGACAACCCGAACGGAGGCACUUAAAGGGAGGGGGGUACAAUGCCCCCAAAGGUACCAGUGACACCCCGGAACUGCCAUCUCCUGAGAGGCCCCUCAAGGAGCCCAUGGACCUAAAGCCAGAACCCCAUAACCAAGGGGUUGAAGGUCCUCCCCAAGAGAAGGGGCCUGGCAACUGGCAGGGUCCCCCACCCCGCAGGACUCGGGACUGUGCUCGCUGGGAGCGCUCCAAGGGUCGGACGCCAGGUUCUUCCUACCCCCGCCUGCCUCGGGGUCGGGGAGCCUACGGGCCUGGUACUCGAAGGGAACCCCUGAGCCUGGAAUCUGAGGACGGUUCCUAGCAGUACCGUGGGGGCACUUGAGGAUUUGGGGUGGGAGGAGGACAAUAAAGAGAUUUGGCCUUGUUCAGCUUUCUUUGCUCAGUAGUGCCCAGCCUAUGAAGUAUGGCUCUCUUUCUAAAUUCCUAACAAGACUGGAGUGUGGCAGGGUAGUCCCAACUUGGCUCUGAAGUCUGUUCUCCCAAGAAAUUGGGGUCUGGGUAAAGAUGGGUCUGACAUCUCAGCUAGUGUAGUGGGUUUCAGGGAGAACUGUGGAUGCCAUCAUUUAAGUAGAAUAUGCAGGAACCAUCCUGCCACGUAACCCACUGUGUAUAUCCCAACAUUUGUUUAUUUAUGGAUGGAUUGUUUUUUAAAUGUUAAUGCCUCUAGGUGGACGACUGUGCUUUCCUGUUGGAGUCUCUCUUCUUCCCACUUUGUCUCAGGCUGUGCCCCCAGCUCUUGUAUAUGUGGAUGCCUGAUGGCCCCUGUAGGCAUCUGCAAUUAUAGCCCCUGCUGUUUAGUCAAGUACCAAUACAGGCAGGCAGAGCCCAGAGUAAUGUGGCAGGUGUUUAUUGACCUCCUAGAGGAGGAGAGCCGAGCACAGUCCAGUUGUCAGCUCCUCAGGGACUCAGCAUUGUGAACUGCCCCUGCAGCAUCAUUUUUAUACAGCAUGAAGUAGCCCUGCACGUGGGCAGGACUGAUCUGAGUUGUAGCUUGAAGGACACGUUCUGCAAAGGCCUCAGCCAAGGAAGGUGCUUGCCCUGGAUAGAACCUCUGGAACAUCUGGGUCAGCUGCCAGUGUGAGCAGUAGCCCACAUACUCCUUCAGGUCUACCCGCCCAGGGCGUAUGAGCGCAGGGUCCAGCCUAAGAGGAGAAGGCAGCAAAAGCAGAGUCACGAGCAACAGUACCAACAGCACCCAAGAAAUGAUGGUCCCUUCUGAACCUCCUGAUCCUCCCAAAGCACUGAGGGGGUGGGGUCUUGCCUCACCGUCUCAGAGCACCUCCCUCCCUCCUUACCUGUCAACAUGGUUAGUGGUCAUGAACACAAUGCGUGCCUCGGUGGAAGCCACACCGUCCAAGGCAUUGAGCAGUCCACUGAAGGUGAGACGACCUAGACCUUGGUACUUGACUGGGUCUAGAGGAAGGCAGAGAUCAAGAAGCGCUGGUGGUCAGAGCCCUAUGUAAAAUGAGCAGCCCCUCCCAUUCCCCACCACGUUUCCCUCAGUGCCUCUUGUUGCUGACCCCGGCGUCCUCCAUCAGCCCUCUGGCUUUCCACUUUCUUCCAUUGGUCUUCAUUUACUCCUAUACCUCAUUUACCCACACUUAGAAACACUCCCCCUUCCCUCACCUCCCCUCACUUACUCUCCGCAGCCAGGUCUCGACUGAGAAAGGCAGCAUCCACAUCCUCCAGGAGCACCAGGCUCUGCUGCGGGGCCACGCUCAGCAGGUGGUUGAGCCGGUCAUCGGAGAGGCUGGAGUCUGUGAGACUCAGCAGACAGAUGCUGUGCUCCAGUUCCCCAGCCAGGG